AUGGCCAUUGUUGGAUUAGACGAAUAUCACGGCAAAAAUGGAUUACCAGGCCACCACAUGUUGGGUAUCCAUUAUCUUGAUAUCGGCGCAGUGAUAAUGACCAGGUACCUAGCGGACUUCAUCUGCCUUCGCUUCGUCAUGUGUGGUCCUUUUACCCCUUUUGCUGCCCUUCAGCCAGAGUCGUUGGCUAAGCAUGUGCGACCAGCUCUUUGGUUCCUCCAGUUUCAUCGGCCUGAAAGUACGGGAGUUGCUAUAUAUUCAUGUAACUUGUGCGCGGAGUCGCAGCCGCACCAGCAAACUUGUCUUUUUAGCUUAGCGCAGAUCUCCGGGAUAAUCCUUGACAAAACAUCCAAUGAUCUCAAGCUGUGCUCCGAAUAG